AUGUCGCAGAUGGUCACACUCGAACAGGCGACGUGGUCGUGGAUCGAGGCCGGGCCUCGCAAGCACCGCAUGGAUGUUGGCAAGCGCUUCGUAAAGGGCAUUAUGGCCGGCUUUCUGCUGUCGACGGGCGGAAUGUUGGUGCAGAUCAUGUCUGCCAACCCCUGGUUGGCCACCAACGCACCCGGGCUUCUCAAGAUCCUCCAGGGCGCGGUCUUCCCCGUCGGUCUCGUCAUGAUCGUCCUCCUGCAGGCCGAUCUGGUCACGGGUGAGAUGGCGAUCUUCAUUAUGGCUACCGUCAAACGACGUGUCCCCUACUGGGCAUUCCUGUACGGUUGGGCCAUCACAUUCAUCGGCAACCUCGUCGGCUCGUUGCUGUACGCAGGACUGCUGGUGCACUACUCGGAGAUCUACACGCCUGCCAUGAACGCCGGGGCUGCAGCAGGCGCAGACGCAAAGGUAUCCGCCAUCAAUUUCCGCGAACUCUGGCUGCGUGCCAUCGGCUGCAACGUCCUCGUCUGCAUCGCCGUCUUCCAGGCAAGCCUCGCCAAGGACGUGGCGUCCAAGGUCAUCGCAAGCUGGUUCCCCAUCUUUGUCUUUGUCGCGGCGGGAUUCGAACAUGUGGUGGCGAACAUGUUCCUGGUCAACGCGGCGCUGAUGACGAAGCGGACCAACUUUGGCGUGGGAGAGUACGUGUGGAAGAGCGUCAUUGCCAGCUUCUUGGGCAACAUUGUUGGCGCCGCCCUGCUGGCGUUGCCGCUCGUGUACCUGCACGGAGGCGACGAAUUCGACCCCAGCGCAACCGCAGGGGCUGAUAAGAUCUCAGCAGGGCGAAAGACGGCUAUGACGUCCGAGACUUCGGUCAACGAUAUCACGCUGCCCACCAGCGGCCGUGCAAGCGUAGGUGCGGACGCAGAGUGGGCCAAGGACGUCGAAGCCCAGGCCGAACAAAUCGAGGCGAUGUCAGAGAGGCAGCCGUCCCGGCGCCCCGUCUGGGGCGCUUCCAAGAGCUGGGCGUCCUCCGCCUCGCCAGCUGCCAGCUCCUCGUCCGCAUCGACCUCCUCACGAGACCCGCCACUGGCCUCGUCGUCGUCGGCCGCGUUUCCUCCGCUCUCGUCUCCGCAAGCUCGGCGUACAUCCAGCCGGCCGCAGCAAGCCUCGUACUCGUCGUCAUCGCUCAUCUCGCCGGCAUCGUUCAACCCGUACCCGACCCGGCGUCAUGAGCUUGCGCAACGGGCCGCCAGUCACGGCACGCGCAAGCGCUCGCACAUCACACGCAGCGACCCAUCGACCUCGCGCAUCCAUUCGCUCUCGGACUACGACGACGACGACGGUGACGCGCCGAUGGACGAGGACGACGAUGCGGGCGAGGACGACGAUGCGGGCGAGGUGUCGGCGCGCGGCGCGACCAUGUCCUCGAUCGUGUUCCGCGACCUCUCUUCGGCGGGCAGCAGCCGAUCCGCAUCGCCCUGGCAGCACAACGGUACGAGCGCAGGCCUCGCCAUGUUUGCAACGUCGUCGUUUGGCGGAGAUCCGCUGCGCGUGCUCGCGAAUCUGGACGAAGAGCUCGGUGCAGCUCAUAUGGGACCGCGCAUCUACAAGCGGCACAACCACAAACACGUGCGCAACCGCGUCAAGGCAAAGAUCGGCGCUGCACAUGCAGGGAUACCGCCCCAAAACGCGGGAGGGAAGAACGCGGAAGCUAAGAUUGGCGGUGUGUCAGGCGAGACGUCGGCAAGCGUCGGAAGAAAGGCGCCGGAUGUGCAGACGCAGCAGAUGCGCAAUCUGGAUCUGCAGGAGCUGGUUGAGCAGUGCCGUCGCGCCAACACUCUUGCGGCUGUGCAGAGUCGAGUCGCUAGCUUGCCGCCAGCUGCUGUUGGAGACGGUAACGGCGCGCCAGAGACGAGGUUGCUCGCAGCAGUCGAGGCACGUAUUGCAGACCCCGCCACUUGGUCGUCAUACCACCACUCGGCGCAGGGGGUUUUGACGGACGAUUUGCUCCCGACUGGUCUGCAGCAGCCGAACCUUGGCCUGGACGUGCUUCCAUCGUCGCUCCAGGUUGAGGUGCGACAGGCGGUGCUGCGAGGGCUUGGGCAGCUGGUGGAUGGGCUGGUGCAUGCGGCUCGCGGCGAGCUGGUCGAGGUGCUGGCGCAGCUCCUGCUCCUGCGUGCUCUGCGUCCCACGGCUGCGCGGGUGAAGUUCGAUGCACAACUCGCUACCUCACUUCAGCAGAUCUUUCUGGGCGUGCUGGGUGUGCUUCACCGCGCCACCGACUCGGCAGCAACAUCAGUGGAGCUUCUUGCCGACGUCCUUGCACGAUGCACGGCCCUCGCUGCAACGCACACAAACGCGCAAGACGACGUGCUCGUUGGGCUUGUGGGCGAGCUGGUCGGGCUGUGUGGGCAGCAAAUGUCUUCGAACCCCGCCGUGCUCUCGCCCGAACAGGACGCCACGCUUGUGUCGCUGGCGCGCUUUCUGUCGCUGUGCUUUGUGCACAACUCCACGCGCGCGGCCGAACAUCGACUGCCCGUCCACGCGUUCUACUGCACUGUGCUCGACCUAGCGCCGUUCCUGGAGCACUUUGUGCACCAUGCGGCGUCGCGCGUGCGGCUCGCCACACCCGCCGCGGGCAUGGCGAAGUUCAACGUGUGCCAGGCAGCGUACCUUGUCUCGCUCGGCGCCAAGGUGCGCAUGAUGCAGCUCGAGAAUGAGGUGCGUCUUGCCCGCCUCAGUCCCCGCACGGGAGCGCAGAGGUUGGGUCUCCAGCACAGCAAGGGAGAGGCGGAGCUGGUGGUGAUGCCCGGUGCGCUGUCGCUCAAGAUCGAGCGCAGGGCAGCGUGGAUGCAGAGUCGCGAGUUGCUGACGCAGGUGCUCGAGGGCGAGGUCGAUCAGGCGGCGGUGCGUGCGCUGCGCGUCGACUUUGCGGGCGAGCAGGCGGCGGAUGGUGGAGGCCCGGCGCGCGAGUGGUUCGCAACCGUCACUGCUGGCUGGAACCACAGCGACACGAUCGCGCACCAUGGAUGGUUCCUCCCUCACCCCAACGACGACGACGACAGCGACGCUGAGACCACCGCGGCGUUUCUUGCGCUGCUGCUAGGAUUGGCGGCAUUGCACAGUGCCAAGCUCACUUUGCCAUUCGCGCUGCCGGACGUUGCAUUCAAGAUCGCGGUUGCUGCGGACUUGGACUCGGUCUCGCUGCUGCCGAUGGAUCUCGAGUUCAUGGAUGCACGGCUGGCGAGGUCGCUGCAGGCGGUGCUUGACUGGCAACCUCCCGCAGGCGCUGCUGAUGCAGAUACCGCGUUCGAUGCGACCUUCUCGCUCACGUGGAGCACGACCAUCCGCACACACGAUGGCGGCGUCAAGACGAUCGACCUCGUACCUGGAGGUCGGCACCGAGCGGUGCGCAUGAUCGAGAGGCACGAUUUCGUGUCGAAGCUCAUCUGGCGCGUGCUGGUGGGCUCGGCACGGGGGCGCGUAGGCGCGUUCCAUGCGGCGUGGCAGAGCAUCAUGCCGUCCGCGUGGCUGGGCAAGGAGUGUGGUGCGGAGUCGGCUAGCGAUGUUCUCGCACGCGGCGGGUUGGCAGUAUCGCUGUUUGCCCCCAGCGAGCUCAACGAGGCGCUCGUGGCGCUCCCUGCAUCGCCGAGUGCAUCCGUGGCGCGGCUGGAUGUGCAGGACCUCCGUGCCAGCACGGAAGUCAUCUCCCAAAAUACGGGUGCAAGGGUGGUCGAGUGGUUCUGGGAAGUGUGGGCCGCGUUGGAGGCGGGGGAACAGCGACGCAUGCUGGCGUUUAUCACGGGCGCGCAGGAUCUGCCCGCCACGGGUGCGCGCGGCGUCGGGCUGCGCAUACACCUCGUGCCCACCGAGCAGGCGGAUGCAAAGUCGUGGCCGUUGCCCUGGUCAUCGACGUGCACGGCAACGCUGUUCCUGCCCACGUAUCCGACCCGGCACCUGCUCCAGCAGAAGGUAGGGAUCGCCAUUGAACACUUUCAGGGCUUCGGUCUGCGCUGA